AUGUCACCUCAAACCCUGGUGCCACUCAAAAUGAACUCUCUCAGAGUUCAGGGACAGAGAGUGCGAGACCUUUAUCAGCAUCUGCCCCGGAGACUGCUGGAGUGGAUCUUGAAAGUUCAGACGCCAUUACAGAGGUGCACCGGCUGUUUGAGAGCCACUCUUCGUUGGCUGGCAGAUAUUCAUAUGUUCACCGGUCAGUUGAGUCCAGCCUUUCUAGAGACCUUGCGUGGAUGUUCCCCCUUGAAAUAUAAGAAGCUGAUCAAGAAACUUCAUUUUUGGAUUGACAGAGUUCACAGCUUGCCUCCAUCAUUCACUACAUCAAAUAAGUUGUUCACUAGGAGGUUUUGUGGUGUAGUGCGAUCCGGAAGUUAUCACAUUGUACCACUACUGGCAUGUGGAUGGGAAUCAAGUCAUUAUUUGUGCCAGCUUAUAAAAGAACACUCAAAUAAAAAAACAUUCCAAAUCAUGACAACAUUACAUGCCUUGGUUAUGUUUGCCAUGAAGCACUCUGGCCAAACAGAUGGGCUUGCUGAAGUAAAAGGAGAAUUGGAGUCCUCUUUCAAAUGGCAUAAGCUUAUAAAACGCUACCUUAUCCCAAAUGAUAAUGCAAAUACUUCUGAAUUGCUUCCUUCUCAAGAGAAUCAGUCUGUUUGUGUUGAUAUUCUGUGCACACAAUUGCCAUAUGGCUAUGAAUACAUUGGACCUGAUAACUGGACGAUGGUGGCUACUCCUUCAACUGAACAAGCUUACAUGGGCAUAAUUCUUGCCUUAUCAAGCUUCAAGUGUGCUUUCAUCAGUGGACCCCACAUGUCAGGCAAGCAGCAUACAGCUGUGCAGUUGGGUUAUGCAUUGGGAUGACAAGUGGUCAUCUUAAAGUGUUGUUCAAGCACUGGUUCUUCAGUUGUUUCCCAGAUGCCUCUUGGUGCUCUUCAAACUGGGGCUAGGCUUGUGUUUGAAUCAGUGAAUUUGUUGGAACAUGAGACAUUGUCUAAGUUGGGACAACACUUGACUGAAAUUCAUCAACACUUAUCAGCAGUUCAAAGACAAGCACAAGAAGCAGCACAUGAGCUGACAUGCUCAUUUGGGAAGUGUAGCAAUGGGGAAUUCAUCAAAAAACAUAAGACAGGGAAAAAUAUUCAGGCCAAGCUAAGCUAUGGAUGUGUCACAAUCUCAGCUAAUGGCUACCUAACUGAGAUACCAGAAAAUAUUAGAAUUGCAAUGAGGCCGUGUGCUGUCUCAGAUCCAAAGAGAGCGUCACAGUUUUGUAAAAUAUCUGAGGAAAUCUUUCCGAAAACAAGGAACUUUUCAAGUCCACAUCUGUUUGUUGAUGAAGGUGAGCAAGAUGAGUUGCAGCAGCAAGGAUGUUACGCAGACACGCAAAUACUUUGCAGUGUGUUGAUCCUGCAUCAAGCUUUGAAGCUCUCCAAUGUUGUAGUGCUUGUUGGACCAGCAGGUAGCGGAAAAACAACUUUGUAUCAAGCUCUUGCAAGUGCACUUUAAAAACUAGCAAAAAUACAGCAAGAAAAAUGGAUUGUGCUGGAUGGAGAUCCGCUUGGCAGACCCUGCUGGUUGGACUCUUUGACUACCCUUUGCGAUCUUUAACAUCCCCAUCUCUGCCUUUCAUCAGGAGAGAAAAUUGAGCCAUCAAGAGUGAAAAUACUAGCUGAGAUCACAACCCUUGGUGAUUCAACCCCCUUUGUAGGGACACACUGCAGUCUGGUAUAUGUUUACGGAGAGAACCUGUGGAGAUCUGUGUGGAAGAGUAAGAUGAAUGUGCUUUCUAUUGAGCAUAAUGUGGACUAGAUUACUCUGGAAAUGUGGAGUCACCUUUCUGAAGACCUUUUCCCUGACACACUAGUUCGCCCCAACUGGCCUGGCAGUGGCACUACAGCAAUCAAAAAUGUUAAUAAAGCAUCAAUGACUCUAGAGACACUGCAUCAGUGUAUUUCUAGAGAUGAAGUGUUGCUAUCAGACGGUUCUCAUUUCAAGCUGUUUCAAUCAAGAGCUGUUAAUUAUCUAGGCUCUUGCAGUGCUAAUAAUGCAGUCAACUGCAGUCAGAUCUCUCCACGUCUCUCUCGACUCUUCACCAUCUUGCCUCUCCCAAGCAUGACUUCUGAAAUCCUGUUUUCUCUCCAUUCCUCAAAAUUGCAACCAUGGCUGAAAGAAAUACAACCCAUGCAGAGGAUUGCCGAUAUAACAAGCUGCAUUCUAACCUCAACUCUUGAUGUGUAUUUUGCAGUGCGUGAAUGUUUUACUUCUGCCCUGCACAGUCCAGUCUUCAACUUUUCUUUGCAUGAUGUUCACAAACUGUUUCAAGGGACGUACCUCUGGAAGCCAAGGCUUGAUGUCCAGCAGGUUCUUCACAGCAGUCUGGAUUAUAGGAAUUUCUCUUUAUCUGUUCUUGGUCACGCAGCUCAUGACCUCAGCAUCACCCAUCUGUGUUUGCACACUUUUGGUGAUCUACCUUCAGAGGAAGCAUGCCAAAAACUUAUCUCAAUUAUAGGUGAAGUUUCUGAGAAGAAUUUUGGUUGUCAAAUGAAACAUCUACAGAAGAUAUAUCAAGCACUACAGAUUCUUAAGUUGUUCAUCUCAAAUGCACUUCUACAAGAAGCAGCUUCUUCCAUCCAGAAUGUGGUUUUCAGUCCAGAAUUUUGUAAACCACUGAACAAUGUUCUUUACCAUCGUACUUUUAAACACAACUUUGUGUAUCGAGAAAGAAACAUAGAUGUGUUGGUAGACCAACUAUUUCAUACUCUUAAAAGGGCUGUGCAUCACUAAAACGUACAUCAACUUGUGCAUAUCAUCUGUGCAUUUGGAGCAUCUGGACUGUUUGGAACAGGAAAGAAAACAGACAAAAAGAACAUUGUACGCCUAGCAGCCCCUCUGUUGGGAUACCAACUAAUUGAGGAUCAUCCUGGAGUGGAAGCCAAGUUGUGGAAAAUGAUGAAAGAAGUUUAUAGCUGAAUUGGGGUGGGUGGACAUUUGGUUCUACUGGUUCACGAAGACACAAGUCAGGCUUUUAAGAAUGAGCUGCUUGUAAUGAUGGCGAAUGGAAGCUUCCCUGGACUGUACUCAGACAAGGAACUGAAAAAUCUGAGGAAGGAUGCCACAGCUCUUGAAAUUUACUUGCUAAAUCAUGGAGCAAAAGAAAGUCUAAGAGUAUUGGUGACGCAUACUGAACGAGCAACAUCAAACCUGCAAAUCCUUCAGAAGUUUGUCACACCAGCAAGUUCCCCUGGUCAGAGCCGCCCGGUUAAAUCUGCUCAUCCUGACUUUCGCCUCAUUAUGAGUACUUCCCUUCCAGUCCAAACGCUGAUACAUGAAAUUCACACUUCAUUCCUGGAGGAGGUUCAAAUGAUUGAUCUUUCUCCAAGCUUAUCUGAAGUUCAGGACCUUUUCUUGACAGAACUGAUGCAGACUGAGUGUUCAGCUCUGUGGACUCUACAUCACCAAAUUCAGACAAAAAAAAACAGACACUUCAGCAUAGACUUUUUAAAAAGAGGUUGGCUGGUUUCCUUGAUGGAUUAUGUCAUGCAUGCAUCCACACCACUUCUUCAGGACCUCGACUUCCUUUCACACGUGUGUACGUGUCAGAGUGUCUCUCGUCAACUUGAGACAAAAGUAAAGGAGCUAUCUCAAGAGAUAGAUCAGCAAAAAGCCCUGAUGGCUGAUUUUUAUUGACUAGUAGAACUCAUCACAGCCCAUUACAAAGCUCUGCAGGACAUGGCCCGUCUUUCCCCAGGUUAUCUUUUCACUCUUCACGCAUUCCUGCUCACUUUACGGUCAGCUUUAGCCCGGGAGAGCCCAGGCGUAAGCCUUCACAGAGAGAUGGAGUCCACAGUGGUCAUAUCAGAAAUUACCUACAAUAUUGUGUCUCAUGUCUUUUCCCAGUAUAAACCUCACUUGUUCAAGAGCGAUGUCAUUUUAUUCAGAUUAUUGAUAUCUGUUGCCGUCAUUGUGCACAAUGAGAGAUGCCCUGAGGUAGAACGAGUCACUUUUAGGCAACUGGAAUGUGUCCCCGGGCUGCCAAGCUGGAUUCAAACACACUCUCGAGAUGCUAUUUAUCUGUUAGACAGGAUUGAACCCUUCUGUGGCCUUGUAUCAUCUCUAGUAAAUUCGUCCAAGCUAUGGUGGGACCUGUGCUUUCCUUCGUCCACGGUGAUUGGACCAGUCCCGUAUCACUCUCACUCUCAUUUGUCCACAAUGCAGCGGCAUAUUCUCUGGAAGACACUGUGUCCUAUUUGGCUAGUGGCAGUGGAGGAGGACCUUACCGCCUGUGCAGAAGCAUAUUUGCUUCAUUCAUAUCCUGGAGAAGCUCCAUUCCCCAGCAGAAAUGAUCUCCAGCCGUCUGAUUGCCAUCGAGAUGCUGUUCUCUCGGCACUAGACAGGGCUGUCCAGAACGGCCACUGGUUAGUCCUGAACAACUGUCAGCGGCUGCACUGCUGGGAUGUCAGAGUUGUGAACAAGUUAACACAAGUAGUGUACAGCACUACAAAAGAUUUGGAGACAGAUGGCGUGCUUCUAAAUUCUGGAAGUACAGGAAAAUUUGUGCAUCCCCAGUUUAGACUGUGGCUCAUAACCAAAGAUGACAAGCCUCACUCAGUCCCAGACCCAAGGACAGGACAACUGCACCGCAUCAAAGGGAUGAUGGACGGGGCCAUGUACUGUCAAAUCUUGGGUGAAAAACUCCUUCCCUCACUGAAAAUGGGUCGUGGAUGGGUAUUCCAGCAUGACAGUGACCCAAAACAUACGGCCAAGGUAACAAAGAAGUGGCUCAAGAAGAAGCACAUUAAGGUCCUGAAGUGGCCUAGCCGGUCUCCAGACAUUAAUCCCACAGAUAAUCUGUGGACGGAGCUGAAGAGGAUCUGCAAAGAUGUGUGGGACAAAAUCCCUCCUGAGAUGUGUGCAAACCUGGUGGCCAACUACAAGAAACGUCUGAUCUCUGUGAUUGCCAACAAGGGUUUUGCCACCAACUCCUCUGCUGCGUAUCUAACAUCAUCAGCUCUCUCACGUCUGGAGACUCGAGCAUAUCAGCUCAGGUCAUACCUGUGGGAGGAGUCAUCCAGUAUUACACCUCGUGUUUAUCGACUGGCUGCCUUUCAAAAUCCCAGAGGCUUUCUGGCAGCGUUGAUCAGAGAUGCAGCCCACAUCCAAGACAGGGAUAUCAGUCUAUACUGCUUGAAUUUUAAGGUGUUUUAUGAUAUGGUGUCACUAUCCUCCCUACCCAUAAGUGGUGUUUGCCUGUCUGGACUAGAGCUGCAGGGAGCGCUGUGGGAUCCAGGGUCUGGAGUUCUUAAAGACACCGAGUCCACCAAACCUUCCCUUUUCCCAGCCCUCUGAGUCAGUGUUGAAGAGAAUAAAGGUAACAGGAUCUGUUCCUCUGAAAGCUCACACUAUAAUUCCUCAUCCCAGCCUCUGUACUGCUGCCCCCUGUAUGUAGACAGACAGACUGUUGAUGGAGGUCAAGAUCUCUCUGAUGACAAUAUUAUCAUUCAUGUUCCACUUGCAACAAGAUUAGAUCCAAUGCUCAGUGCUAUGAGACGUGUUAGGUUAACUAGUACUCUCUUACAAUAA